AUGGACCCGGUCGUGGUGCGACCGUUAAUUUCGUCUCAGCCCUAUUUGUUCCUUCCUCCAACCAACGAAUCUCCCGCCGACACCCUCUCUCUUCAUUUUUAGACCCAACAAACAAAGCCUCGUCUCAACAGCGGGCCUUCAUCUUCCCUCCUGAACCGUAGCAUUCAUUCAUUGCCUAAAUUCUUCACUGAAGUUUUGAUUCCUCACUUCUGUUUGCAUAGAUCCAGUCAAACACAUUCCGUGUGUUGAUUUUUGCAGAGCGGGAAAUGGAUCGGUACCAGAAGGUGGAGAAGCCGAGGGAGGAGACUCCUAUGAACGAAAAUGAGAUCAGAAUCACCGCGCAGGGGAGGCUGAGGAACUACAUUACCUACGCCAAUAACCUUCUUCAGGAGAAAGGGGCUAAAGAAAUAGCACUCAAGGCAAUGGGAAGAGCAAUAAAUAAAACAGUGAUUGUUGCUGAAUUGAUAAAGAGAAGAGUUGCAGGUCUCCAUCAGAAUACUACCAUUGGUUCUGUUGAUAUCACAGAUACAUGGGAACCUUUGGAAGAAGGACUUGUUCCCCUAGAGACAGUCCGUCAUGUGUCUGUGAUAACAGUCACCCUGUCCAAGACGGAGUUGAAUUGCUCUUCCCCAGGGUACCAACCACCAAUUCCCGCUGAUCAAGUGAAUUCAGUGGCCACAUAUGAUUAUGAAAGGAGGGCUACAAACAAUGGAGUAGUAGUAAGGAAUGAUGAAGAUGGUGGAUGGGAAGGAGAGCGCAGUAUCACUGGAAGAGGCAGAGGCAGAGGGCGUGGUCGUGGAAGAGGCCGUGGUUAUCCAGGACGGGGGAGAGCCUAUGUAACUAGGAAUGAUAUCUACAGUGCAUCGGGAACAACAAUACCUGCUCAAGUUCGUGGCAGAGGCAGAAGUAAUGGCAGGGGUCGAGGGAAUGGCAGAGGGAUACCCCGCGGAGUGUUCAAACCAAAUGUUACCAUUCAGGCAGCAGCAGCCUAAGAUUUCAGCUGUGCAGUAGCACUUACUUCCCACUUCCCACCGCUUAUAGCUUUUCCUAUACUGCUUUAUAUAAGCUACUGCUUUUCUCUAUGCAAUCGCCACUGUUUUGUAGGUUUUAAUGGUUUUUUUCUUCCUGUUUUAGUGCUAACAGAAACUUUUUCUGUAUAAAAAAAUAUUGUUUUCUUGAAUAAUAGAUCCGGACAAUGCAUCAUCCUUAUUGCCGUA